AGCAAGGGAUAAGAAACCCUGCGCCAAUACUUCUUCCUUUUCCAGGCGGCUGCCGAAGAUGGCGGAGGGGCAGGUCCUGGUGCUAGAUGGCCGAGGCCAUCUCUUGGGCCGCUUGGCAGCCAUCGUGGCCAAACAAGUGCUGCUUGGCCGCAAGGUGGUGGUUGUACGAUGUGAGGGCAUCAAUAUUUCUGGGAAUUUCUACAGAAAUAAGUUGAAGUACCUGGCCUUCCUCCGCAAGCGGAUGAACACCAACCCUUCCCGCGGCCCUUACCACUUCCGGGCCCCUAGCCGCAUCUUUUGGCGGACUGUGCGAGGCAUGCUGCCCCACAAGACUAAGCGAGGCCAGGCUGCCCUGGAACGCCUCAAAGUGUUCGAUGGGAUCCCACCACCCUACGACAAGAAAAAGCGCAUGGUGGUCCCUGCUGCCCUUAAGGUCUUAAGACUGAAGCCCACGAGGAAGUUUGCCUACCUGGGGCGCCUGGCUCACGAGGUCGGCUGGAAAUACCAGGCAGUGACAGCCACCCUGGAGGAGAAGAGGAAGGAGAAGGCCAAGAUUCACUACCGGAAGAAGAAGCAGCUGAUGAGACUGCGCAAGCAGGCAGAAAAGAACUUGGAGAAGAAAAUCAACAAGUUCACAGAUGUCCUCAAGACCCAUGGACUCCUGGUGUGAGCCCAAUAAAGACUGUUUAUGCCUCA